AUGACCGACUUACGAGACCUACUCCAUACCCUCCCUGUCGCGCAAGAAGACCUGGCCUUCUUUUCCCGCCUCCCCUCUGUCCAACCCUAUCUGAGCAAGACAAGCCACUACCAAGUUAUUCCCUUCAUAUCUCGGUACGAGAGAGGACAGAAACACGAUCAAUUCUUCAAGAAAAUCAUCAACACGCACGACACAGUCCCGCGCGUGCUGACAUUCAUGCGCAAACCCGACAUUACAUCCAGUAAUGAAGACCACUCGCCCGAGCCGGAUUACGUUGUCUUCGCCCAGCUCGAAUCCGGGAUAAACGGGUGGGAAGACACCGCGCACGGCGGCGUUCUCGCGGCUUUGUUCGAUGAGUCGCUCGGUCUUUGUGCGGAGGCGUAUCGGGUUUUUAACAAAGACUCGAAUGAGACGGGCACGCUGUAUACGGCUACUUUGGACGUUUCGUAUCGGGCUCCCGUGCUCACGCCGAGCGCGAUGCAGAUUCAGACGUGGGUGAGGAGGAGAGAGGGGAGGAAGUGGUUUCUCGAGGCGAAGAUGUUGGAUCAGGAUGGUGCGGUUAGGGCGGAGGCGAAGUCGUUGUAUAUCAGCGAGAGGGCUAGUCUAUAG